AUGGUUCAACCAGAAACUCUAAUAAGGAACGCCUCGUUGCGCGGCGUGUUUUCCCCAGCCAUCCUUCGCCCAGAGCUCCCAAGGGGAAACCUAUCCGAUUACUCCCAUGUCCGCCCUCUGUUCAAACGAAGAAUACCGUGGUGGGCCACGAGAGCUGGAACUGCUGGAAUAUUGGUCGCUCUUUCGACGGUGACAGUCUGGAGUGUACGGAACGCGCUGACGCGAACCGUACCUAUACUAGAUGCCGACGGGAACGAAACCUCCGAGCGACAGUUGGCUCCAAAGAUGCAACGAGUGGGAUGGGCCAGUUUCAAUGUUCUUCUGGGCCUCACGAGCACCGGGGUGUUGUUUGCAAGACGGCCUCGCACCAUUCGAUCAGUAUAUGUGGUCUCCAAAACAUCUCCAGCGGUCCCGUCAAGUAUGAGACUGUUCUUGCAAUCGGCGGUGGAUGUUGAAGGGAAGGGAUAUGAUUUGCCAAUGUGGAGUGUCAAGUGGGAGGGCGAGAAGGUGAUAACUCACCUCGAUCCGGAUGCGAACCUGAAGAUUGGCUUUUGGAAUGCGGAGGUUGAUGGAACGAGCUAUGACAGUUACCAGGGUGCAUUGGACAAGUUUGACGAGGAGUGGAGAAAGCUGCAUACAAGUUCGACCAAGGAGUCGAAGCAUUGA